UUGGAAUUGGCUUUGGGACACAACCUGGGUACUGAAGGAAGUGUAUUACCCGUGUUGCCUGACACUCGUCCACUCCAACGAUUGCCUCUGUGCUUCCAUAUAAUAAGCAUAUCAGCAACCCGUUGAUUACUGUGUACAGGGCGCUCGUAUUAGCCGCGCUUAGCUUGUUCGUCGAUCGAUCGAGGGCACAACGAUAAGCCGACGUGCGACCGCUAUGUUCUACCGAUGAAAAAAUUGAAGGUAAAAUUGGAAAGCAGCGGAACGAUAGGGACGUCAACGGGUUAUCAUCGUCAUCAGCAGCAGCAGCAGGCGAUCGAGAUGGCGGGUGGAUUGAACGCGAACGUGGCCGAUACUACUGACCUUGCAAAUCGGAUAUGUCGAGAUUUUCUGAGAAAUGUCUGCCAUCGGGGAAAACGCUGCAAAUACCUUCACGAGCGUUCAGAGGACGAUCUUGUAGAAGAAUAUACUUUUUGCCAUGAUUUUCAAAACGGCAAAUGUAAUUGGCCGGGUUGUAAGUUUCUCCAUUGCACGGAAAGCGAGGAGAAGCGUUUCCGAGCAACCGGUGAGCUACCGCCUCACGUACUUAAUCGAUCCAAGAUCUGCAACAAUGAUAAACCGGAUCAUCCGUUGUGUAAGGACUUUAUGAAGGGCAGCUGCCAGAGGGUCAACUGCAAAUUCAGACAUUUGAAGAAGGAGGAGCCGCAACACAAUCUGAUAUCAUCACAGUCACAUCAUAAUCCAUCUAGACCGCAGCACAAUUUCAACGGUACCAGUAAUGGCAGUGGUACCGGUAGCGACGGACGCAGAUACGAAGAGGACAGAAACUUUCACUGGCAAAUGCAGGAUCAUCAUAACAAUUUGGUCGCUAAUAACGGCGGUUAUAACAUGUCGUCGCAUCCAGCUGAUUACAUUGGACCGCCGGAGCCGAAGAGACGAUUAGUAUCGGGUGAAACGGUUGUACACUUUGAAGCGUCUCCAAUCAUGGGCCAGCAACACGCGACUCAACCGACGGUUACUCCAGGUUUCUAUUACCAUCCCAUGAUAGCGCGGAAUGAAGCACGAGCUAUCGUGCUGGAAGAUGAAAAUGUAUUGUUGAGAAAGAAGAUAGAAGAGUUAAAGAAGCAGGUCAGCGACUUGACGGCGACAAACGAAUUUCUAUUGGAUCAAAACGCUCAGUUGAGAAUGUCUGGCAAGCGAACCGCAAACAUGACAGCUGUAACAGUCCCGGCAGUCACGAUUACGAACACAGUUCCACCGUCACAAGCUCCGACACCUCAACAAAUGGUCAACGCAGCCGUGGCAGCGGGCACCCUUCGAACAGUUACCGCCAGUGUAGCUACCGUUCCUGUGAGCAUUGCGACUGUAGCGCCCGUAUCUAUCGCGGCGGUCUCUAUAGCACCAGUUUCGAUACCACCGCCGAUCGUCACCAUGGCUCAACAAACUAUCUCGAUGAGCGGCUCCGGGCCUCCACAGGCGACUAAUCAGCAACCACCAAACACACAGCAACCCGCCAGUUUACCCUUGUCGAUAUCUGGUGCAACCGCUCCUCUAGUUUCUUAUCCUAUUAUGACGCAGGAACUUAGGCCUGUUUUACAAUAGGUUGUUUGUGUCAUGAAAAUAGGAAGAACACCAUGUAUCCAAUAGGAUAUUUAUGCUCACGCGCGCACGCACACCUUUCUACACAGAUCUGUAAGCGAAUCAAGGAUCGUGAUAGAUCAUGACCCAUCCUCUUCCUCUACUAAAAACGUACCUCCCUUAAAAGUAUACUUGAAAGUACGCAAAGAAGAUGGAAACCACCGGCUGUGGGAUAAUGCAGUGCAUCACAGUAAUAAAUAGAUAUACAUUUGUAUUGUGAUGUAAUAAUCACAUCUCUCUAGAUUCUUUUAUAUUCUAAUCAUUUGUGCAAAGAUUGGUAAAUCGUAAACAGAACAAUGUUUAAUUUUUUUUGUUAAAAUAUUUCUAUUUUUAUCUUUUUGUAAUUAUUUUUGAAUGUAGAAAAUGUAAUUUCUUUAAUUUUUCUCUGGGAAUAGUGCGUUAAGAAUGUACGAUAAUAUACGAUUAUCCAAUAAUAAUUGUUGUCGAUAGCUCGUUCAUACGUUCAAAAUGUAUAAUUGUAGACUAAUAGAAAUGACAAUCUAUAUAUAAUUACGAAAUUUAGUUGCGUCAUAACAUUGUUUCUCUUUAGCUUUUUCCUUUCUAUUGCGUUACCAUAUCAUGCGUAACAUAUUAAUCUCGUUUUUAUGUAAGCUAAAUUGAAGAACUGUAAUAAGCAAGUAAGAGCACUUUCGAAAAAAUUGUGAAGUUAGGGGAUAUAAGUAAGGGACAUCUCUUUUAGAUAGUAUGUUAACAUAAGUACAAAGAUUAGAAAAAAAAGUAUAUUAAAAAGAUCUAAUAGAGGAGGUUUGCACCGCUUUAUUGGUCCAGAUUUGCAGAAUCUUACUAUUCCGUACAUGGAAUCUUACUAUUCCACGUAUGGAAUAUUGUACAUAAUAUAUUCCGUUACCUUUUUAUUUACUCUAGAGAAAUUUUGUACUUCUACUUUUAAUAAGCAAAUUUUUGCCACACACAAACACACACACGCAUCAAUAUUUUAUUGAGUACUUAUGAUUCUUUAUUUCCAUAAUUUAUUUAAUAAACAAGCAACCUUCUAUUAGAUUAAUAUAGCAAUUAUAAAUUUACAUUUAUUCAUAUACAAGUGUAUAAAUUAUAUACAGUAUACGGAAAAUUUUACAAUGUAUAAGAAUGCGCUCGUACAAAUGGAUAUGCAUCUGUUUUUGAAUCAUGUUAUCAAUCACGAAUCUUGUAUAUAUUUUGCGAUAAUUAACAUAAGAAAUAGAGCACUGUACUCGCGUAUUUUAUAUAUGCAUACAAAUGUACAUCAUUUACGUAUAAAUUUAUGUUUAAAAUCACUAUUAAAAAAAUGAAGAAAA